AUGAGCACUGAGCUCGGUCACAAUGGAGCGCGUACACACCACCAGCAGCAGCAGCAGCAGCAGGAGCGCAAAACUCCGCGCCUGGCCUUCAGUGUGGAAGCGCUCAUGGCGCAGAGCGGGACCAGAACGGGAGCUGAGUGGCGUCCUGCGCACCGCGAUCGUGACCCGCUUCAAUCGGGGAGCGGAGGAUCGAACGUACACGGUUCUCCUUCAGUACAGGACUGCGAUCCGACGUCACCGGUCAAGUCUGAAGCGUCGGAUCAAGAGGCAACCUGGGUCAAAUCUGAAUACUCACCGCAUGCACGACACUUGAGUCCGACAACAUGUUCCCUCAGGAAACACAAGACAAACCGUAAGCCUCGCACUCCGUUCACCACGGCCCAGCUCUUGGCUCUGGAGCGCAAGUUUCGUCAGAAGCAGUACCUCUCCAUCGCUGAACGUGCCGAGUUCUCCAGCUCUCUCUGCCUAACCGAGACUCAGGUCAAGAUCUGGUUCCAGAACAGACGGGCCAAAGCCAAGAGACUGCAGGAGGCUGAAAUGGAAAAGCUGAAAAUGGCAUCUAAACCGGUAGUGCACUCUGGCCUCUCAUUUCCAUUUGGUCUAGGUACUCAGCCACAAGCUGCAGCUCUUCUGUAUGGACAAUCGGGAAACUUUCCUAUUCGCAGAUACAUGCUUCCUGUGCCUACGCUUGGGAUUUACUCCACACCCUUGACCUACAGCAUGUAUAAUUUAUCCUGAGAGGCACUUCCUGAUGCUUGCAAGGAUAUUUUGUUUCUCUGUCUAAGCUAAGACUGUUUACUGUGUGUAAUUCAGUGCUGCCAAAUCCGUUUUGCUCUAUGAACUAAAAUCUUAAAUACAAUACACCAACCAGGCAUAACAUUAUGACCACUGACAGGUGAAGUGAAUAACACUGAUUAUCUCUUCAUCACGGCACCUGUUAGUGGGUGAUAUAUUAGGCAGCAAGUGAACAUUUUAUCCUCAAAGUUGAUGUGUUAGAAGCAGGAAAAAUGUUUGACAAGGGCCAAACUGUGAUGGCUAGACGACUGGGUCAGAGCAUCUCCAAAACUGCAGCUCUUGUGGGGUGUUCCCGGUCUGCAGUGGUCAGUAUCUAUCAAAAGUGGUCAAAGGAAGGAACAGUGGUAAACCGUCGACAGGGUCAUGGGCGGCCAAGGCUCAUUGAUGCACAUGGUCCGAUCCAACAGACGAGCUACUGUAGCUCAAAUUGCAGAAGAAGUUAAUGCUGGUUCUGAUAGAAAGGUGUCAGAAUAGACAGUGCAUUGCAGUUGGUCAUAAUGUUAUGCCUGAUCGGUGUAUGUCAGGAGGCCAAAAUCUAUUUGGGCAACUGUAAUUUAUCUACAUAGUAGCAUCUGUAUAACACAAACAUGUAACUGGUUCCUCUCAGACCAGUUUAUCUGAAUGCACCUUAUUAAGAAGACUAUGCAAAGUUGGAUGCUGGAUAUACUAAAGUACUUUAAACUUUGGGCAGGGUAAGUUAACCAGUCUAAGGUCAUUUUACAUUUUUUACAUUUAAACAUACCAUUUUUGUAUACAAUUUUUUUAAAACUACAUGAAAGCAUGACUUAAUAUUGAGCAUACUGAACUGUACUGGAAAGUAAUCAGUAUUUUUAAUUUUAAACAGACAAAUUUAAUUUAGCCUUAUAAAACCAAAUAUGUUAAUUACUUGACCUCUUC